AUGGCUUCCAUGCUGCAUGCUUGUCCAUACUGUGGGUAUGAGACUGAAAUCGUGAAUGUGCUGCCUGCGUUUUCAGAGAAUCCGCACUGCCAACGGUGUGGGCUAUCUGUCACUGAAGGCGAUAGCAAGGUAGACAAUGACCUUUCUUCUCUUUUCGCUCGUCAAAUGACGAUGAACCAUAGGCCUCAAGGCCUCACACCUAUAUGCCCAGCAACGCCCCCAACCCCUCGCUUUUCCAAACCGUCUACAGUCCCAGAUGGCCCUCCGAUCGCGUAUAGCAUAACUCAGCAUUAUCAUCACUCCUCUCACCAGGCACGUAUGGGACUCCAAAAAUCGGAUUCAGACAUCGCAGGACCUUUAGAACAGCAGAAGCCUCCCGCUGGACGAUACAUGUCUUCCAGGGAAAUGCUCUUGCGACAUAACAUCAACCCUGAUACCCUCUUUCCUUCUCAGCUUGCGUUAUUCGAACAAGCGGACCGGGAACAAAAGGCCCGGCUUGUUGAAUUGUGGCAAAUAUCGCCCCCCACUUUUGGAAAUCCAUCGUCUCUCCAGCCUUUCGCCAAUAGUCUUCCUGCUGCGGAAUGCUCCCAACUCGACUCUUUUGGUAAGGCGCUUGAUCCGCAUAACGAUGUUAUGAUGGAUGAAGAUAGUACCAAUUCCUGCGAUACCCAUGCUGCUGAACCAUACGUGGUUUCAGGUUAUGAAAUGCUGGCACAGAGAGAAUAUAAUCUGCCCACGCAGCCUUCACUCCCCUUUCCCCGGGGAAACUGUCCCGCUGAAAUUCCAUCCAGCGCCACUUAUAACCCUUCUACAGACCCUGUCUAUAAAAGGGAGGAUCGACAAGAAACCCAACCCAUUGAGCACCAAUACGGCGCGUUUGAAAUGAAAAAUUACUACAUUGGGUGUGGGGUUGCGAGGGCUCAUUGGCUUGAGGAUCAACACUUCUUUUGA